UAAAGACACCACAGACGAAAUCAGGGUAUCAUUUGGCUCACAGACCAAGUCUCUUCAACAUGAAAAUCUUCAUCGUCGCUGCUCUGGCCCUGGUGGCUGCUGCCGACCGGCCCCAGUCUUCCUACAGGCCCCGACCUGCCUAUUCUGCCCCGACCUACUCUGCCCCGAACUACGCUGCCCCCACAUAUGCCGCUCCCAGCUACCAGGUCCAGUCUACCUACAAGCCGAUCGCUAUCCUUGAGCAGGAGGACGUCCACCCCGGAGACGGCACCUACAACUCCAAGUUCUCCACCGAGAACGGCAUCUAUAGGUCUGAGAGCGGUGUUCCUCUGCCCGGCUACGGCAAGAACGCCUACGGACAGCCGGAGGGCAGCUACCGCCAGGAGGGCUCCUGGAGCUACUCCGACGGAUACGGCAACCCCGUCAAGGUGACCUUUGUCGCCGACAAGAACGGCUACCAGCCGUCCAGCGACAUCCUACCGACGCCGGUGCCCACCCAGUACCCGACCCCUGCUGUUGACUCCGCCUACGUCGAGCCCCAGUCGGCCUACGUCGAGCCCCAGCCCACCUACGGCAAGCCCCAACCCGCCUACCAGCCCGCCUAUCAGCCGGCCUACAGGCCUUCCUACAAUUAAGUAAAUGCAAUA